AUGCCUCAACAUAAGAUUAUAUUACCCUGCCUGCUGCUGUUGUUCGUCAGUCAACGGGCAGAAUGUGAUUGUAGGCCACAUAGUUCAAAUCCUUCUUUCCUGGCACAAGGUCCUUCCUUAAGAGAGGAUGGUAAUAAUAACUUUCUCCGUAACGUAAAUCAACAAUUGGGAUACAAGCUGGACAUUGUACUAAUUGGAACAGAAAAUGAACCAUUUGAUAGUGAUCUGUACAAUUUACUGGGACAUGCAGUGUAUCCCAUUAAUUUGCAUUUUGAAUUUGGCACAAUUACUAUCAUCCCAACAACAGUUUGUCAGACUAUGAACAAUGAAACUCAGUGCAUGUGCGAGUGUGGAUUUACUUGGAACUCAGCGUUUUGUACAAAAUACCAGUCUUGCUGUGGGAGUGUCAUAAAGGGACAGAACUGUGACUGCAUCAGAGGUGAACCAACAGAAGGGACAUACUGUGAGUCCACAUCCGUAAUGACAAUCCCCACACCAAGCGCUGUGUCCACAGCAACAACGAUGUCAGCAGCAACAACGACAUCAGCAGCAACAACAACAAUGACCAUGCAAAGUAACUUAGGAGAAAACUUCGCAUUCAGAAUUGUCGACCUGAGCUACACAGAUGAACUAAGCAAUGCCUCCUCAAACUUGUUUAAAAGCCACACAAAAAUAUUCCAGGGGUUGCUGCAAAAUGUCUAUGGAAAUGUGCAACGUGAUGCUAUAGUGAACAUUCUAGGAUUCACCAAUGGAAGUGUAAUCGUACUCCAUCGAGUAACCUCUGAAGAGUCUUUAACUAAAAAUAUUGAGAAAAUUGGAGAAAAUGUGAAAAAUGCUUUUUCUCCAAAAUACACAAUUGAGUGGUUACAGGAUGAUGAAAUACCAUGCUUUCAUGAAAAUUACGGCAUAACAAAUUACAAUACCUUCGCAGAAAUCCCCUGUGAAAGUAAGCCAGGGGUCUUGAAAAUCAGAUGUGGAAAGAAUGGAACAAAUGAACAGGAAUAUGCUUUUUGUAUAUCGGAAGAAAUCAACAAAAUUCUUGAGGUGUCAAAAGGAUCGAAUUUAAAAGAUAUUUUUUCCAGUCUUCUUCGGAAUUUAUCCAUUGCUGUUACUCAGGUCAACAUAAACACCGCUGGAAAUAUCCAAGCUGUGGUUGACAUUAUGACAGAAAUUUUGAAUCUAGAUUUCGAUGUUACGGAAACAGACAUGGCGAAUUUCUUGAAAACUGUAAGUGAAAUUCUCUCUUCUGAAUCAAUAACUGCAUGGAGAAAUAUUACAAUUGUAACAGCUGAAAAUAGCCUCAAUCCUGGUUCCCAAUUAUUACAGUCAGUGGAAUAUUUUAACACGCGCCUCAGACUGCAGAAUGACAGAUUUAACAUAACAAAAAACCUUGUCUUCAGAGCUAAUAGAAAUGGCAAACGUUCUAUUGAUGAAACCUUUCAUAAUAUUUCCACUGAGGAAUAUUCCAAUUUAAGUACUAAUGUAUUCAUUUUGUUUAGAGAAUUUGAAGAUGCACCAAAUGCCACAGUUAUUAUUGUUGCAUAUCCAACAUGGAUUGACAUUUUACCCAAUACCACAACUUUUGAUAGCAACCUUUUGAUUAAUGGUCUCAUCCUGACAGUAACAAUAAACAUUAAGGAUCCUAUUAACGUCAAGAUGACCUUCUCACUAAGAAAUUGUACACUAGAUUUCAACAGUGCCAUGUGUGUGUUUUGGGAUUUUGAAGGAAGAGGUGCGUGGAAUAAUGCUGGCUGUAAGCCUGAAAUCAACAAAGAAAAUAUCACAUGUCACUAUGAUCACAUGACAUCCUUUUCAAUGUUAAUGUCCCCUGAUACCAAUGACAGCCCAAUUUUGAGUUAUAUCACUAGAAUCGGAGUUACCAUCUCAAUUGGAAGUUUACUAAUUGCUAUUAUUAUUGAGGCCAUAGUGUGGAAGCAUGUGACCAAAAAUAAAAUCUCAUAUACUCGCCAUGUUGGAAUUGUGAAUAUUGCAGUAAAUCUGCUGGUCGCUGAUAUAUGGUUCAUUGUGGCUUCAGCUGUAGAACCAGAAACACAGGCUUGCACAGCUGCUACUUUCUUCAUUCAUUUUUUCUAUCUUGCCUUAUUCUUCUGGAUGUUGACCCUGGGCCUGCUGCUUGUCUAUCGUUUACUUUUCCCUUUCCAUCAUCUCAGUAAAUCAGUUAUGAUGGGAAUAUCAUUUGCCAUUGGUUACCUGCCUCCAUUGCUAAUCUCAAUCAUCACAAUCGGGGUUACCUAUCCAAGAAACAGUUACAGCAGAGAAGGUGCCUGCUGGCUCGGCUGGGAGACCGAAUACCCUCUGCUUGCAUUUGUUAUACCUGCAUUGGUUAUAAUCACAAUCAACAUCAUCAUUCUGAUAAUAGUCAUUUUUAAGCUGCUGCGACCAACAAUCGGGGACAGAUCCAGUGCCAAUAAUCAGGAAAGAGAAACAUUCAAACAGAUUGUGAGAAGCAUUGCAGUGCUGACCCCAAUCCUCGGACUCACCUGGGCAUUUGGAAUACUAACCUUUUAGCGGGAUUCCCAUAUUGCUUUCCAUUAUAUAUUUACAAUUCUCAAUGCUUUUCAGGGAUUCUUCAUUUUGGUCUUUGGAACAUUCAUGGAUAAUAAGUUACGAGAAGCCUUGCUGAAGAUUUCAUUGAGAGGAUUUUCUUCCAUUGCAAAGUUACCACUGAGUUCUUCCACUGCAAAGCCUCCCUCAAAACCUCCUCACUCAUUUCAUUCUAGAAAUAAGAACUACAAUAAAACUGAUCAACAGCACUUCACUAUUUGUAGCCCAUCUCCAAACUCUUUUCUGAAUUAACUGCUAGAACUCAAUACAUAGAUUCUGCAUUUCUUUAGAUGCAGAAGAUAUUUGAAGAAAAAUAUAUUUGCACCAUGACAGAUCCACUUCAGAAUUUAUUCAAGAAGAAAUUGUUGCUGCUGUUAAAAAU